AUGGCUGCGUUAUUGAAGUCUGCAUCUUAUAGCUUGGUGCAUGAUCAUAUUUCUCGCUCACCGCACGAAUCCACCACUGUUGAACCCAAGUCUUGCCUGCAUGCUCUCAAGGACAGUUCCAAAGCAGAAGGACUGAAAAAGGCUCGCAGCAGGCUUGGGAGAUUGUGGACCUGGAUCGCAACCGACUCCUGGACUCUUGAGUAUGCUGCUUUGACGAUAGCCGUGGCUUCUUUGGCGAGUAUUGGGAUCUUGCUCGGAAUCUACGGCGAGCGUCCUACAUCGGCUUGGACGUACACAAUCACCCUGAAUUCUGUUCUUUCCACGUUAGCCACGGUCAUGAAAGGGUCAACGUUGUUACCUGUUGGCGCUUGCCUGAGUCAACUAAAAUGGACAUGGUACCAUCACGAGAAGAGAUCCUUGCUGCACUUCCAGCUGUUCGACGCAGCUUCCAGAGGUCCGUUGGGCGCGGCUUCGCUCCUCUACCAAAUCCAUUCCUGGCACCUCGCUUCUAUUGGCGCCAUUGUGACAUUGAUAGCUCUGGUCUCGGACGCUUUUAUUCAACAGUCGGUACUGUAUCCCUCAAGAACCAUCAAUGAGACUGCAUCUGUACCGUUCAGUCAGUCCUACGGCCUAGUGAGUACUUACCGGGGACGAAGCCAAGGCUAUGCCUAUGAAGUUGAACAAUCUAUGAAAGCUGCAAUUUACAAUGGGAUAUUUUAUCAUAACGCAUCUGUCACCGGUACUGGUGUCUCGGCAAAUUGUCCUACUGGAAAUUGCACAUUCCCAGAGUAUGCAUCCCUGGCUAUGUGCUCGCGAUGUCGGGGCGUUACUUCUUCUAUCAAGGAUGUAUGCGUACCCGUAGACACCACGAGAAUCGGGGACAACGUUCCCAACAACUGCACUAUGCAAGCCACACUUCCGAACGGACUGACGAUGCGCAACAUAUACUCUGAAGCACGAAAGAACUAUUCUACAUACAACAACUACAUGAACACAAGCACUAAUGAAUCACUAAAUGAGAAAACUUCGACAGGCUUCUGGAACCUCGUCAAUCUAACGAUUUUGAUCGCUAACUUAAAUACUCAAUCGUCGGACAGUAGCGAUUAUGAUUUGAUGUAUAGAAAUCCAACUGCAUUCGACUGUGGUUUCUACUUUUGCGUACAGAAAUACUGGGGUAAAGUUUCGAAUGGUGUCUUCUCCGAAUAUAUCUUAGCCAAUUUCACAGGCGGUGAGACCAGUUACCACAGACGCAAAGGGGGAGGGGGCGAGAAUUGGAUUGUCAAUGUUUCCAAAGGACAUUUACCCUCUGCGUCCAAUUUAACAUUCUCGGUGGAUGAUGAGUCGGCAAAUGCUUUGUUGUUCUACUUAGGUAAUUUAUUCAAGGGCAACGGAUCCACAAAUUGCGACAGCGGAGUUCCGAGCUUCAGCAGCGAUGUCAUGGAAGUCAUCUUUCUCAAAGGUCCAUCCAAUGUGCCUCAAAUAAUGGCCAACGUCGCAACCGCCAUGACGAACAAUUUGCGCCUGAAGUCCGAAACGGUUGCAAUCGGGACCGCCAUUGUUCUAGAGACUUACAUUCAUGUGCGAUGGCUUUGGCUGCUGUUGCCAUUGAUUAUGGUCUCACUCGCAACAAUCCUCCUUGCACUCACUGUUUGGCAAAGUCGCAGAUGGGACAUACCCAAUUGGAGGAGUAGUGCACUUGCGGCCAUGAUGCAUGGUGUUCAAGAGGACGAAGAGGGCGCGUUGAACAUGCGUGCUCUUGCCCUGUUGGGUAAGGAGAGGAUAAGUGAGCUCAAGAGGUGGAGUGAGGUAGUUCAGGUACGGCUCAGGCGCAGGGGUCCUAGUGGUGAAGAUUAUGGCCUUAUUCCUGCUGAUGAGUAA